UUCCAUUUCCCUCAAUGGGUUUCCUAACCAACUACAUGACCAAAAGUUUGCCCACAGCUCAGAUGUUGAAUCUGGUGUUGGGAACUCUCCACAGUAAAUUCAUGGAGAAAGAGAUCAACGGCUUCGAUGACUUCCAUCUCGCCCUUCUCGACAUGUUCAACACCAUCAACGCAGCGUUGCCCGGCAAACAUUACGACGUUCCACCACAGACUAAAGUCGAGGAAUGUUUCGAGAAAUGGGAAGGCGCGAAGGAGUCGGAAAGGAAGAAGGUGUUCAUUGAUUUCAUGAAGGCAAGUGUAAGUCUAAGCAUGUUUGAUGACUCUACUUUCAUUACUGGACUAGUGACGCCGCCGGCAGCCAUGGCGGCAAAGAGGGCGUGUGAAAGCUUGCCGCAGUUGAAUGCGAUUAAAGUCAUUCCAGAUGUCAUUUUUGUGCCAUCAGCGACGAUUUUGGCUCUCAUAUCCGCUAAGCUCUCCAAACGUAUGUUCUUGCAAAAUGUGGCGUCAUGAACCCGCAACGAAAGGUUUAUUGUUCGUAUACAGGCACUGUUCGCGUAUUUAAAAUUGCAACAAAUUUGUUUUUCAAGAUAAAAUUACUUAUUGUAAAGAGAGAGAAGGUUCAUAUAAACAGAUGAAUGAAGGUCAAUCUAUGCCAGUUCAAA